ACUAGUGCUCAACUAUAUUGUUAUAUAUAAAACAUUUAUGUUUUCUAAAAUAUUUCAAGAGCAAGAAAUCUCUUCCCUCCAUUGAGAGAGUUCCUUUUACACAAGAAACAGAACAACAAAUACAAAGAAUAUAUAAACUCAUUCAAUCAAUUUUUGUGAUACUUACAAAGAUGUUUUCUGUUAUAUGCAUUCUCUUGUUUUGUUUGUUAAUCUCUUUUUUCCCACAAAUUAUAGUUUCCUUUAAUCUCACACUUCCUCAUCAACAUCCUUACCCUGAAGCUGUGGUUCAAGAAGUACAAAGGAAGGUGAACGAAUCGAUUUCGAGGAGGCAACUAUGGAACACCACCAUGAAUGCCAUAACUACCCAAUGUGAAACCGGAAAUCCAAUAGACGAUUGCUGGCGCUGCGAUCCAAAUUGGUCGAAAAACCGGCAGCGCUUAGCCGAUUGCGCCAUCGGCUUCGGCCAGAACGCAAUAGGAGGUAAAAACGGCAAAUACUACGUCGUUUCCGAUUCCUCCGAUCUCGACACCGUAAAUCCAACUCCGGGAACACUCCGGUACGCCGUAAUCCAGGAAGAACCACUCUGGAUCAUCUUCUCCGGCGAUAUGUUCAUAAAAUUGAAACACGAACUCAUCGUUAACAGUUACAAAACAAUCGACGGCCGGGGAGCGAAAGUUCACAUCACCGGUAACGGAUGUAUAACGUUACAGUAUAUUAGCAAUGUGAUUAUACACAAUAUUCAUAUUUACAAUUGUUUACCGUCGGGGAAUACUAAUAUACGGUCGACGCCGACGCACGUCGGCCACCGGGGUAGAUCGGACGGCGACGGGAUCUCGAUAUUUGCGUCACGGAAUAUAUGGAUUGAUCAUUGUGCUUUAUCGCAUUGUACUGAUGGCUUAAUUGAUGCUAUUAUGGGGUCCACUGGUAUAACGAUCUCUAAUAGCUAUUUCAGUCACCAUGAUGAAGUGAUGCUGCUGGGACAUGAUGAUAAGUACUUGCCUGAUGCUGGAAUGCAGGUGACAAUAGCAUUCAAUCAUUUUGGAGUAGGGCUAGUACAAAGAAUGCCAAGAUGUAGAAGAGGAUAUAUACAUGUUGUCAAUAAUGAUUUUACUGAAUGGCAAAUGUAUGCAAUUGGAGGAAGUGCUAAUCCUACUAUUAAUAGUCAAGGCAACCGAUAUACUGCCCCACUCGAUGCAAAUGCAAAAGAGGUGACAAAGCGCGUGGAGACAGACGAGGGGGAAUGGAGUGGGUGGAACUGGAGAACAGAUGGAGACGUAAUGGUAAAUGGAGCAUUUUUUGUGCCAUCAGGUGAAGAAGGACUUGGCAACCAAUACGCGAAAGCCUCGAGCGUGGAGCCCAAAUCCGCUGCUAUUAUUGAUCAACUUACACUUAAUGCCGGUGUUUUUGGUGCCCCAAGGGAUAAAAGUAUUAGUAUAUCAUAUGGAGGAGGGACCACCACCGGAGCUAGCGGGAGCGGUGGUGGCGGGUCCACUGGCGCCGGCGAUGAUGGUGACUUUUUUGGAAUGAUGUUUGGGAGCGGCGCACCACAAAAAUUAUCAUCAACCACUUAUUAUACUAUCUUAUUAUCUCUUUUAAUUAUUUUAUUUUUGUACACCAACCAAUUAUUUUUAAUCUUACUAUAGCAUUUACUUAUAUUGUUA